AUGGAUGUCAGUGAGCUGAAAGAGGACCUUGAAAGCCCCAGCAUAGACCACCCUACCGGGGGCAGGGACUUCCUGAUUGUAUUCAAAGUAGUCGCAGAUAAUUGUUACCAUUCGUCUCAGGGUUCAAGGCAUUGCAAAGAUAAGGAUGCAGUAUUGGGACAUGGCCUCCUAAGUUCUUUGUCUGAGCAAGUCUACUACUACAUAAUAAACAUUGAAAAUGUGUAUCAAAUCAAUGAUAACAGGGACCCCAUGAAGCUCAUUCCCAAGCUCGCUUCCCGCGAGUGGAGACCCCUGGCCGUAGGGUAA